AUGGCGCCCGAGGAGAGCAUCCGCCGGCACCAGAUCAACAUCUACCUGAGCGACCGCAUCUCGCUGCACCGCCGCCUGCCCGAGCGCUGGCACCCGCAAUGUAGAGAGAAGAAAUAUGAUUAUUAUAGCCUGCCAAAAACCUCUGUUGUGAUAGCUUUUUAUAACGAGGCUUGGUCAACACUUCUGCGAACUGUUCACAGUGUUCUUGAGACAUCUCCAGAUAUACUUUUGGAAGAAAUCAUCCUUGUAGAUGAUUACAGUGACAAAGAACAUUUAAAGGAGACUUUGGAAAACUAUGUGGCUGGCCUGCGCAAGGUGCGUCUUAUCCGUGCAAAUAAGAGAGAGGGGCUGGUUCGAGCCCGGCUGCUGGGGGCGUCUGUGGCAAAAGGAGACAUCCUAACGUUCUUGGAUUGCCACUGUGAAUGCCACGAGGGCUGGCUGGAGCCACUGCUGGCAAGGAUUGCUGAAGAAGAAACAGCUGUUGUCUGCCCUGUUAUUGAUGUUAUUGACUGGAAUACAUUUGAGUACUUGGGAAAUGCUGGUGAGCCACAGAUUGGUGGAUUUGACUGGCGGCUGGUCUUCACUUGGCAUAGUACUCCUGAAAGAGAACAAAAACGGAGGAAGUCCAAGACCGACGUGAUCAGGUCUCCAACCAUGGCAGGUGGAUUAUUUUCUGUGAGCAAGAAAUAUUUUGAUUAUCUUGGUUCCUAUGACACAGGAAUGGAAGUCUGGGGAGGAGAAAACCUUGAAUUCUCAUUUAGGAUAUGGCAGUGUGGAGGAAGUCUUGAGAUCCAUCCUUGCUCCCAUGUAGGUCACGUUUUCCCCAAACAAGCUCCAUACUCACGCUCCAAAGCUCUGGCAAACAGCGUGCGUGCGGCUGAGGUGUGGAUGGAUGAAUACAAACAACUUUAUUACCACCGAAACCCACACGCUCGCCUGGAACCAUAUGGAGAUGUGACAGAAAGGAGACUUCUACGAGAGAAGCUGAAAUGUAAGGACUUCAAAUGGUUUUUGGAGAACGUGUAUCCAGAACUUCACGUACCUGAGGACAGACCAGGAUUCUUUGGAAUGCUAAAGAAUAGAGGAAUGGAAAACUUCUGCUUCGAUUAUAACCCUAAGAAUGAACAUCAAGUAACUGGACAGAGGGUCAUACUCUACCCAUGCCAUGGCAUGGGACAAAAUCAGUUUUUCGAGUACACAUCCCAUAACGAAAUACGUUACAACACACGACAACCAGAAGCCUGCGCAGCAGUCGAUUCGGGGACUGACUACUUGACGAUGUACUUGUGUCAAGAAAAUGCCCACAGUGUUCCUGAAAACCAGAAGUUUAUUUUCAGAGAAGACGGUACCUUGUUUCACCCACAAACCCAGAAGUGCAUUCAAGCCGAGGCAAACGCUCACAAUGGGAACCCAGCACCAAUGUUACGACCUUGUACCAACUCGGACUACCAAAAAUGGUCCUUCAAAGAAAGAAGUUGAUACAGAUGUUGUCUAGGAUAUAGCUGAAUACAAAGAAAAAUGUUCUCUUUCUAGUCAGCAGUUAGUCAGCCUUUUGAGAAUCUCAUAAGUGAUAUAUUUUUGUAUGGAAAGAACUGUAAUUAGUUGACAAGCUUUGGAUAUCGUUUCCUGGAGCUUUAGAAGGCACUAAGUAUUGAGAGCUUCAUGAAGUGCCACAGAAUCUGCUCCUUUUCUCUUUAUUUGGCAGCUACAUAACUGCUUCUGAAGUGUCUUAGGUUCUUUUCACAAGUGACAAUAUAUUUCUUUAAUCUACUGUGUGGAAGUAAGGCAGUCAAAAUAAUUGCACUAAUGUUAAUCUGCCAAUAACUUAAAAUGUUUAUUUUUCUACUAAAACAUUCUGUAGUUGGUUUUUUUAACAGAUAGUAGUUAAUAAUUAUUCUCGUCUUUUAAAUACCAAGAAGGUAAAUGUAGGCCAUAUUCUGCCCUAAGAGACUCACACAAAGCCCUCACUGAAGACAGUGUGGGUUUACACAUAAAGGCAGAGUAUGUCUGCAUGUUUUUGCACAAAUAACAAUCUAGAUGCAUACAGAUUGCACAUGCUUGACAAUACUAUACCUUAAAAUGUUCUGACAAUUUUAGAUGUUCAUGGCACUUGACAAGUUUCUCAUCAUGCUUAAGAUUGGUUUGGGAGUAAAAUGGGGACUUUCUCAUCUUUCUUAAAGGCAGAAAGCAACAAUAUUUAAAGGUGAUGCUUUGGGAAAAGCUAUUUAGAUUUACAUGGGCCCAGCUAUGUGGCUGUGUCCUAGAAUGCACAACCAGCUUUAACAUUAUGUGGAUUUUCAGUGUGCAUAAUACUUUCAAGAUAAGACCUACCAAUAAUUCUUUUGUAAAAAUUUCAAAAUUAUAGUUAGAGAAAAUUAAUCCUAAAAUUGAAGUCUUUAAAUAAUUCAUGUAAAAAUGAUUAUAUUUUAAAAACAGUUUUGCAAGUGAUUUCUGUGAAAUGCAGCUAGUAUUAAUACAAAAAGGGAUUGUCUUUGGGGUAUAACUUGCAUUUUGUCUGGGAACACCUUUUAGAUGAGCUGACCCUGCAUAUGGUCCUGUUGAAAACAAAAUAAUCUGCACCAGCACAGGAUAGUUUGUGCCCUGGAGUGUGGGAUCUGCCUUGCCCAAUCAGACAAGGAAUGUGUGUAUAGAAAUGCAUCUGGCCAUUGACUAUCAGCAUUACCAUGUUGAUUAGAAGGGUUUCAGCUCGUAAGAAGAGUUUCUUCCUCUGUCAGAUGAAGGAAUGAUUAUGUGUAGAAGGAUGAAAAUUUCAACUUUUUUCCCCUCAGAAGUCUUGGCAUCUGUUUUGAUUAGUUUGGUACGUGUUUUGUUAUUUGCUCUUGUUCAUGCUUUCUAUAAAAAAUGUACAGCCUUUUCUUUGAAUCCCCAUAAGCUCAUGCCAUUUUGGCAUACCUAUUUAUAUGAUUGGGGUGUGGGGGGAGGGUUUCUGCCUGUAGGAGAUACAUGUAUGGGUUCUUCCAAGGUCUUCCUUACCUAUGUAGAUAGAAUGUUUUUGUGAGCACCUUUGAAGUUUUGUCUCUGUGGGCUGGACUGAUGAAACUGAUGUUAGAAUUAAUAAAAUAUUUUGUGAUUAA